UGGAUAAUUCAUCUUAUGUUACAUACUUCUUAAUGGAGGGGCAUGUAGAACUGCAGAAGUACAGAUAUUUUUACUUUAUAAUUACUCUGGCAGUUUAUCUGUUGAUUAUUUUCUGUAAUACUGUCAUCAUUUUUGUCAUUUACACAAACAAAUGUCUCCAUGAGCCGAUGUACAUUUUCAUUGCUGCUUUCCUUUUCAAUUCCCUUUUUGGGACGACUGUCAUUUAUCCUAAACUGCUGAGUGAUUUUCUGUCUGAAAGACCAGUUACUUCUUACUCAGGCUGCAUGUUUCAGGGCUUUUGUAUUUACACAUAUGGAGCUUCAGAAUUCGGACUGUUAGCAGCUAUGGCCUUUGACAGAUAUGUGUCCAUAUGUAAACCACUACAAUACGCAACACUUAUUUUUUCUGUGGUAGUGUCUGUAGAAUAUUUGGUCAUUCCUCCUCUUAUUAAUCCUAUUAUGUAUGGUUUGAAAUUGCAAGAGAUUUCUAGUAGAGUCAAGAAAAUAAUGUGGAAAAGAACGUCUUUUUAAACGUUUUUGUUAAAAGCUUUACAUGGCUAAAUUUAUUUUGUAUGCCAUGAGAAAAUAUCUAUCAACAUACAGUACCACUGCAUAGAAAACUAAUAGUAUAUCUACACUGCUCAUUAAAAAAGAAAAAAAAAUCUCUAAUAUGCAAAAUUUACUCCUCACUUAACUUUAUUUGUACUCAAUGGGAAAGCUGUGUAAAUUUAACUUUCUAAAAUGAAGAAAGCCGGUCCACUUUGAUCUUGUAACUCUAAAUAUAGAAACCUAUAUUUCAGCCAUUCAUCAUAGCUGGAAAGUAAAACCCGCUAUUUAUCAUAUACACAAUCCCUAUGAAAUCAUUGAAUUAAAUUUUAAAAUAUUCUAAAUGUUUUUAGAUCAUGAUAUUGUUUUUGAGAUAUUAUUUGUGUUCCUUUUAUUUCAAAAGGGCAUGAGGUCGA